GUGUGUACGAAGAAAAAAAAAGCACGGUAGCGGGAAGAUCGUUAACUAAGCUACAACAAUAUUAAAAUAUAACAGAAAAAAUAACGAAAUAAUAAUAUUGGAAAAAGAAAUAGCGAACCCAUGUGUUAUUGGCUGAGGUUCAAGAAAUUCUUUGGAAAGCGUUUAAAUUUGAUAAAAUUUAAAUUCUAAGCACGUUUUCUGUGAACGUCUCAAUCGAUCGAUCGUUUAAUACAAAUAAAAAGUAGAAUUAUUAAUGGCAUUGUGAAAAUUUGUGUUACAAACGAAACAACAACGGGACAAAGUAAAUGCGGUCAUUAUAAUUUAAAGCCAGCCAACUUUAAAUUUAUGUGAAGAGCCAAAAAGGCCAAUAAAAUGCGUAUCUUGUUCUACUUUGCCGGUUAUGCAUACGAGUGAAUUUUUUUAAAACGAAACAAUAACAACAAAAAAAAAAUCAUAUACAAAAGCAUUUAAAUAAAGGUUAGUUACUCCAUUGGGUGAAAAAGAAAAUUUAAGCCAAACGAACGGAGUAGCGCAAAACAAAAACUCCAAAAAAAAAUUAAAUCGGUUUGCCUGCCCCACACAAUAACAGAAACAGCAAGAACAACUUUCAGCCAUAACGAACCAAACCAGCAUUUCUUAAAAAACCUUACCUCUCGAGGAGAUUCACCUAUUACCUUACCACCAGCAACGUACCAGUGACAACGACCGCAUAUACAUACAAUCGGCCAAAACCAGCAUCACCAUUAGCCUAACAACUCCCCACUUUACGUUCGAUUGCCUUUGGGAUAAUACAAUUUUGAAAAACGAUUUUUAAAUAUAUGAGAAUUUAUGAAAUUUUCAUUUUGAAUAAUACAAAGCAUUUAAUGACUAUUUUGUAAGCGGACAUUUGUGCCUUAGAACUUUGAAACCUCAGCUCCUCCUCCUCAAAACCAGCCAUGGAACGUGGACUCCAUGAUCGUGAUCGUGUGGGAGUACAAGAUUUUGUAUUACUCGAGAACUACCAGUCAGAUGAAGCCUUCAUUGAUAACUUACGCAAACGAUUUCAGGAAAAUAUAAUCUAUACCUACAUUGGCCAAGUACUGAUUUCUGUGAAUCCCUACAAGCAGCUGCCCAUUUACAAUGAAAGCGAUAUAAAAGAAUAUCGCAAUAAACAUUUCUAUGAAAUUCCUCCACAUGUCUUUGCCGUUACCGAUAAUGCUUUUCGUUCACUCAUUGAGGAAAAUAAAGGCCAAUGUGUUCUAAUCUCUGGUGAGAGUGGUUCUGGUAAAACGGAGGCUUCAAAAAAAGUUCUACAAUACAUUGCAGCAUGCUCUGGCCACCAGCAGACCGUUGAAGGUGUCAAGGAUAAAUUGUUGAAGAGCAAUCCGCUACUGGAAGCCUUUGGUAAUGCCAAAACCAAUCGCAACGAUAAUUCUUCACGUUUCGGCAAAUACAUGGAUAUACAAUUCGAUUUUACGGGCACCCCUAUUGGUGGCAACAUUCUCAAGUACUUAUUGGAAAAGUCGCGAGUCAUCAAUCAGAGUAGUGGUGAACGAAACUUCCACAUCUUCUAUCAAUUGUUGGCUGGAGCUUCGGAUGAACAAUUGAAGGAGAUGAAUUUGACCAGAUCUCUGCAGGAUUAUGGCUAUCUAAGUGAUGGUGAUAAUGGUCAUGUUGGUUCCAUAAAUGAUGCCGAAAACUUCCGCCAAGUUAAACAAGCCAUGUCUGUUAUCGAUUUUACCCAAAUGGAACAAAGUCAAAUUCUAAAUAUUAUUGCAAGUGUUUUGCAUUUGGGCAAUGUGCAAUUUACCGAAGAAGAAGGAAAAGCCAAAAUCGUCAAUGAGUCCAGUGUGAGGGCGGUGGCCGACCUUUUGGUUGUGCCCCUGGAGGAACUGAAAAAUGCCCUAACCCAUAGAACCAUAGAUGCCCGUGGUGAUGUGGUUACCUCACCCCUGAAUCAGGAGAUGGCUAUUUAUGCCCGCGAUGCCUUAGCUAAGGCUAUCUAUGAUCGUCUUUUCUCUUGGCUGGUGCAACGCUUAAAUGUCUCUCUGCAAGCCCACGACUUGCGCAGUGCCCGCAACAAUGUCAUGGGCAUUUUGGAUAUUUAUGGCUUUGAAAUUUUCAAAACCAACAGCUUUGAACAGUUCUGCAUUAAUUUCUGCAAUGAAAAGUUACAGCAAUUGUUUAUUGAAUUGACCCUGAAGUCGGAGCAGGAGGAAUACAACCGUGAAGGCAUUGAAUGGGUGCCAGUGGAGUAUUUUGACAAUAAGGUCAUUUGUAAUUUGAUUGAGGAGAAACACAAAGGCAUUAUCUCCAUCCUGGACGAGGAGUGUUUGCGCCCCGGCGAUCCCACCGAUUUGACUUUCUUGGCCAAGCUCAGUGAUCGUUUGAGGGAUCAUCCCCAUUAUUUGUGCCAUGAAAGGGCUCCAGUGCAUGUCCAAAAGACCAUGCGACGCGAUGAGUUCCGUUUGGUCCAUUACGCUGGAGAUGUCACCUAUAAUGUGAUGAAUUUCUUGGACAAAAACAAUGACCUGCUGUUCCGUGACUUAAAGGAGACCAUGAGUAAGGCCAACAACAUUGUGGUUCGUACAUGCUUCCCCGAGUCCGAGUAUUUGAAUAAGAAGAGACCUGAUACUGCGGUUACACAAUUCCGCAACUCUCUCAACAACUUGAUGGACAUUUUGAUGUGCAAGGAACCUUCGUAUAUUCGUUGCAUUAAACCCAACGAUUUACAAUCGCCCGGUGUUUUCGAUGAUCGAUUGGUCCUGCAUCAAGUCAAGUAUUUGGGUCUCAUGGAGAACUUAAGAGUGCGCCGUGCUGGUUUUGCCUACCGUCGCCUUUACGAACUUUUCCUUAACCGUUACAAAUGCUUAAGCAAACAAACCUGGCCCAACUUCAAUGGCCCAGCCAAGGAGGGUGUCAAAAUUUUAGUCAAGGAAUUGAAUUAUGGACCUGACGAUUACCGGUUGGGUGAAACCAAACUCUUCAUACGUUUCCCCAAGACCCUAUUCGAAACAGAGGAUGCAUUCCAGGAGAAGAAACAUGACAUUGCUGCCAUACUGCAGGCCCACUGGAAGGGACGUGUGCAGAGACGAAAAUAUCUGAAGUUGCGCGAACAAGUAAUCGCCUUACAGUCCUAUUGUCGCCGUCAUUUGGCCCAACAAGCAGUCAAGAAACGUCGUCAAGCAGCCGAUAAGAUUCGUGCUUUUAUCAAAGGUUUCAUUACACGCAACGAUCCACCAAAUGGUUACAAUGAGAAAUUCAUUGCCAAUGCUAAACGUAUGUGGCUCUUAAGAUUAUCGAAGGAAUUGCCCAGCAAGGUUUUGGAUAUGAGUUGGCCUUCCGCACCGUCACAUUGUCAAGAGGCCUCCACAUAUCUACAUCGUCUGCAUCGUUUACAUUUGGCGCGUAAAUACCGUUUGGCAUUGUCACAGGAACGCAAGCGACAAUUCGAGUUGAAAGUUUUGGCUGAAAAAGUAUUCAAAGAUAAGAAAACAAGCUACCCCGCCAGUGUGGCACAUUGGUUCAAAACCGAUCGCAUACCCAAUGAACAUGCUGCACAAAUCAAUACCUUCGUUGCUAACUCAUUUAAUGGUGAAACCCUUAAGUAUUCCUCUGCCUGCAUCAAACACGAUCGUCAUGGCUACAAAUCCCGCGAUCGUUUCAUACUGCUGAGCAAUAAAGCGAUUUAUGUAUUGGAUGGCAAAAGCUAUAAGCAAAAGCAUCGUCUGCCACUGGAGAAAUUAGACUUUGAUUUAACCAAUCAUGGUGACGAUUUGAUGGUCAUACGCAUUCCGCUCGAUUUGAAGAAGGACAAGGGCGAUUUAAUUUUGGUCAUACCCUACAUUAUUGAAUUCUGCACAUAUAUCAUUGAUACUGUGGGCACAGCUGAUGUUUUGAAAAUUGUGGAAAGAGAUUCACUCGUACACAAUAUGGCCAAGGGCAAAUCUGGUGUCAUUGACAUUCAAACAGGCGGUGGAGAACCUGGAGUUGUACGUGAUAAAAGUGGACAUCUUGUUGUUAUUGCUGGCCAGUAAUGAUGUUCAAAAUUAUACAUUAACGGUUUUACCUGCUAACAAUACGAGUACAUACGUAUGUAACCAUGGCUUUAUAUUUAAAAUUUGUUAUUUAUAUUAUAAAAUAUAUUAAAAAUAAAAUCUUUAAUGUAAAAUAAUGCAGCCGAUAUCGAAAAAA